CUUAGAGCAAAGUCGCCGUACUUAUUAACAAGCUGUGUCGUCAACAAUCAUUUGGGAGUUGUUUAAACAUCUGUAGAACAACUCAAAGUCUAAAAGUGUGUGAUUAAAAUUGUUUUUUAAUAAAAUAAAUAUAUUAUUUCGAGGCUAAUUUACUUAAAUAAUAGUUUCCAUUGGGCGUGUCAAAAUGUCUAUAAUAUUAUUUAUUGCUGCAGCAUUAUUACAAAUAAUAUCGGCUCAACGAGCGCCUACAAUAUCAUACAUAUCUCAGGAACAAAUCAAGGAUAUUGGAGGAACAGCCGAAUUAGCAUGCUCUGUGCAAUAUGGUCAAGACUACCCUGUUUUAUGGGUAAAAAUGGUAAAAGGAGCUUUUUACAGUGACCAAAUACCUCUGUCGUCUAAAACUACGUUGAUUAUUAGGGACAGUAGGUUUGCUCUCAGAUAUGACACAGCAACUUCUAGUUAUACUCUUCAGAUUAAAGACAUUCAAGAAACUGAUGCUGGUACCUAUGAAUGUCAAGUAUUAAUUUCAUUGAAUAAUCGUAUUCGUGCUGAAGUCGAAUUGCAAGUUCGUCGAGCUCCCUUCAUCAGCGAUAACUCAACUCGAGCGGUGGUUGUAAGCGAAGGAGAAUCUGUAGUCCUUGAAUGUUAUGCUGGCGGUUAUCCCACCCCUAAAAUUUCAUGGCGCAGAGAAAACAAUGCUCUCCUACCUACAGGAGGUUCCAUUCAUAGAGGUAAUAUACUGAAAAUUCCAUCAGUAAACAAGGAAGAUCGUGGAACAUACUAUUGCGUUGCUGAAAAUAAAGUUGGUCGUGGUGCUAGACGUAAUAUUAAUGUGGAAGUUGAAUUUGCACCAGUCAUUUGGGCACCACGUCCUCGCUUAGGUCAAGCUUUACAAUUCGACAUGGAUCUUGAAUGCCACGUUGAGGCUUAUCCUCCACCAGCAAUCGUAUGGUUAAAGGAUGACGUAGAAUUAUCUAACAAUCAACAUCAUAGUAUAUCUAAUUUUGCUACAGCAGAUGAAUAUACUGACACAACAAUUCGUAUUAUUACUAUUGAAAAAAGACAAUACGGUAAAUAUAUUUGCAAAGCUGCCAAUAAAUUAGGAUCUGCUGAAACAUCUGUUGAACUUUUCGAAACAAUUAUUCCGGUAUGCCCGCCUGCUUGUGGUCAAGCCAAAUACGGAACUGGUGCUAUUCCAGUUUCAUCUGGACUUUUGAUAUCUCUUGUUUUAAUCAUUUCCGCCUUUUAUAGAAACCUCAAUACCAGAUAUUAAUUAUCCUGGUCUACUAUCGUCCACAGGAUAUCAAAUUUUAACACUCAAGUGGCUUCUUAUAUUUUCUAGUGUUACGACACUAUUAGUUUAAUUAUGACUUUUAAAUAGUCAUAUAGGAUAAUCGAUGACAUCGAAAAGAUUUUUUAUAACAUAGAUCUGAGUUUAGACUCUCUAUUAAUCGAUAUGCGGACCAUUGUUAAAUAUACACAGAGAAAAGUUAUAAAGUAUUGAAAUUUUGUACAUUUUUAUAGAAAAAUUUUUGAAGACAACAUUUUUACUCAUACAUUGUAGUAAAAAAAAAUAAUAAUCAUAUUUUACAGUAAAAUUUUUUAUCAAGAAUUUUAAAUAAUAUUUUUCUCUGUGUUAGAUAAAUUGGCCUGUAGAAUGACAUAUAAUGUAUCUCAUAAGUGCACUAAGUAAUCUCAAAAGUUUUAUACAUUAAUGCCAGAUUUAAGAUUGAUGAUUAUGAAAGAAAUAAUUAGCUCAAUAAGAGGAAUCAUAGUUUCAUAUAUAUUCAUCAGUCAGUACCAAUAUUUUAAUAUUUAGUAAA